CCUCAUGUAUCCUCAUCCAUCACUGGUGGUGAUUCUGUGCCUGAACGGCGCACUCCCGUGGAUGAUUCGUUGCUGUCACAAUCACCAUCUUCAGAUGCUCUGAUGGCCUUGGGCCGUUCAAUUACACCGACUCCCGCUGCCAAUGGUGUUCCAGAAGCAACCGUUGAUCUGGAGGCUGAAUUGUUUGCAUUUAAGCCUCAACCCACUACGGUUGCCAGCGUCUGUCUCCUGGCUACGGAACCUUUGAAUAAAAACAGUAGCCUAGCACGUUCAAUCAGUGCGACAGAAAAACGCGCUUCCUGUAAUCCGUUGCAAUCCGAUGCUCCAAUUAUUGUGUGGGAUUUGGAGAGUGGCUCGCAGCCUCGUCGCACACAAUCGGAUCGAACUACUCUCUUGGCUCGCAAUUCACACUGUCUACGCCAAUGGCAUCCGGAUCUAGUGGAGAACGUUGGGUUUGUCGAUACAACAGAAUUUGUAGGUUCCCGACCUCCCACAGACCCCGUCAAUGAUAUCCCUGGACUUCUCCAUGGAGAAAUUCAAUUUCUUCUGCCUAAACCCGAGGAGUUGACGGACAUAACAGAAUGGCAGUUGGUUUGUUGUCGUGACGCAGAUAAAUUUUCCGGCACCGAAUUAUCUGAUCCGGACGUUGUUGAUCGAUUCUGUGUUGUGCGAGUAGUAGACGGUUGCAAUCAACUGUUGCUGGCCACUGUCACCCAACCGGUUCUCAUGUACACUGGAGUUCAAGAACGAAUUAACCCCACAGUGUCUCCUGAGCAAUCGAUUUCAGGUUCAAACGAAGUACAUCCAGAACCCGCUUCAAAUUCCAACUUACCCUACGUGUUGCGGAUGGCCCCACGUUCUCUGGGUCCCUACAAAUUUUUGGCAUAA